UGAUUCAUUGUGUUUGAGUCUGGGUGUGUAGAAAGAUGGGAAAAGGUGGAUCUCUGAGCGAUGGCGUUGUGAAGAAGAUCGUGCUAUCGUACACCUACGUUGCCAUAUGGAUCUUCCUCAGCUUCACUGUAAUCGUCUACAACAAGUACAUCCUCGACAAGAAGAUGUACAACUGGCCAUUCCCAAUCUCCCUCACCAUGAUCCACAUGUCCUUCUGCGCCACCCUCGCCGUCCUCCUCGUCCGCGUCUUCCGCCUCGUCGAGCCAGUCUCAAUGUCACGCGAGGUAUACCUCUCCUCCGUCGUCCCCAUCGGAGCCCUCUACUCCCUCUCCCUCUGGCUCUCCAACUCCGCCUACAUCUACCUCUCCGUCUCCUUCAUCCAGAUGUUGAAGGCUCUAAUGCCCGUCGCCGUAUACUCCAUCGGCGUCCUCCUCCGCAAAGAGUCCUACAAAAAUGACACCAUGCUCAACAUGCUCUCCAUCUCCCUCGGAGUCGGCGUCGCCGCUUACGGGGAAGCGCGUUUCGACGCCUGGGGCGUCCUCCUCCAACUGGGCGCGGUUGCCUUCGAGGCCACGCGCCUCGUCAUGAUCCAAAUCCUCCUCACCUCCAAGGGGAUCUCGCUCAACCCCAUCACCUCGCUCUACUACGUCGCCCCCUGCUGCCUCGUCUUCCUCUCCAUCCCCUGGAUCUUCGUCGAGUACCCUGUCCUCCGAGACACCUCCACCUUUCAGUUCGAUUUCGUGGUCUUCGGGACCAACUCCUUCUGUGCCUUCGCGCUCAACCUCGCAGUUUUUCUCCUCGUCGGGAAGACCUCGGCACUGACAAUGAACGUCGCUGGCGUGGUGAAGGACUGGCUCCUGAUUGCCUUCUCGUGGUCAGUUAUCAAGGACACCGUGACGCCGAUUAAUUUGUUCGGUUACGGGCUGGCGUUCCUUGGCGUGGCGUAUUACAACCACUCCAAGUUGCAGGCGCUGAAGGCCAAAGAGGCGCAGAAGAAGACCGCCCAAGCCGAUGAGGAGGAAGGGAGGCUGCUCGAGGAGAGAGAGGCCGACGGAAUGGAUUCCAGAGAAAAAAAGUCGGUACGAGGAAAAUAAAACCAGGAGGUUUCGAUAUAAGCGAAUAUAUGGCAAUGGCAUCGUCCUCUCUGGCCUAAUUACCGGUUCGAUACGGCUUUUUUUUUAAGUUUAUUUAUAGAUCCUCUUAUGGUUGCCAAUGGUGGCCGUGGAUAGUUAAUUAGUAGGUUUGAAUUUGAGAUUCCUGCUUUUGUUUUGCGUAGAGAACAAUUACGUGUUACUGGAGCCAGAGUCUCUUUUCCUUUUAUCAUUAUUAAUUUUUUUUCUCCC